AUGUUGCCGGGUCUUUUUGUAUUUUUUCUCAUUUGUUGUGCAACCGCUGACAAACUCGAAGCCGAAAAUGAGGGAUAUGAGCUUUUCACCUGGAAAUGGGACGAAGUGAAUCAAAUAUACGUUAUUACAGUAUGGCUCUUGGUCGCUUCAUUUGCAAAAAUUUUAUUCAAAUUGAUGAAGCCAAUCUCAAAUUACUUGCCGGAUUCAUCACUUUUGAUUAUUGUGGGUCUCGCGGUCGGUUACAUUCUUAAGGAGACAACACUCGGCGGUGCUUCAUUGGACUCGCAUGUUUUCUUUUUGUAUUUACUACCGCCUAUUAUAUUCGAUGCGGGUUACUUUAUGCCAAAUCGCGCACUGUUUGAAAAUUUUGACUCUGUGAUCAUUUUUUCCGUGUUGGGCACUGUUUGGAAUACUUUCGCAAUUGGUGGAUCUCUUUUGAUAAUGUCGCAAUAUAACUUGUUCACAUUAUCAUUCAGCACUUUUGAAAUUUUCGUUUUUUCAGCCUUGAUUUCAGCAGUUGAUCCGGUCGCCGUUAUCGCAGUUUUCGAGGAAAUCCAUGUCAACGAAUUUCUUUUUAUCAACGUAUUUGGCGAAGCUUUGUUUAAUGAUGGUGUCACUGUCGUUUUGUAUCAAACAUUCAAAAGCUUUGCCAUCAUCGGCUCUGAAAAUCUCUCAGCUCUCGAUUAUAUCACCGGAGGCUUCUCGUUCUUCGUUGUAGUUCUCGGUGGAGCCUCAAUUGGAAUAAUAUUUGCUUUGGCAACAAGUCUAGCAACAAAAUACACAAACGAAGUGAGAAUCCUGGCACCAGUGUUCAUCUUCAUUCUUCCGUAUAUGGCAUACCUUACCGCAGAAAUGGUCUCACUUUCAUCCAUUAUAGCAAUUGCAACAUGCGGAAUGAUAAUGAAACAAUACGUUAAAGGAAAUAUUACGCAAUCCGCUGCAAGCUCUGUCAAAUACUUUACAAAAAUGCUGGCGCAAUCAUCAGAAACUGUCAUUUUCAUGUUUCUCGGCUUGUCAACCAUCUCUUCCAGCCAUCAUUUCGAUUGGAUGUUCAUUGGUGCUACCAUUGUUUUCUGUUUGGUCUACCGUGCCAUUGGAGUUGUCAUUCAAUGCUACUUUUUGAAUCGAUUCCGUGGAAAGAAAUUCGCAUUAGUCGACCAGUUCAUCCUCUCAUAUGGUGGUCUUCGUGGAGCCAUCGCCUACGGUUUGGUUGUCUCGAUCCCAACGUCAAUUGCUGCAAAACCAAUGUUUGUAACAACAACAAUUGCAGUUAUUUAUUUUACCGUAUUCCUACAGGGAAUAACGAUCCGCCCGCUCGUUCAUUUGUUGAACGUGAAGAGAAAGGAAUAUCGAGAACCGUCAAUGGCAGAAAGUGUAUAUAUGAAAUAUUUAGACUAUAUGAUGUCAGGAAUCGAAGAUAUUGCUGGUCAAAAAGGCCACUACACUUUUAUUGAAAACUUCGAAAGAUUUAAUGCGAAAGUGAUAAAACCAGUUUUGAUGAGACACCAAAAAAGGCAAAGUUUCGACGCUUCUUCAAUUAUUCGAGCUUAUGAGAAAAUCACAUUGGAGGAUGCGCUAAAGCUUGCAAAUGCCAAAACGAGUAUCCAAAAUAAGCGACUCGAAAGAAUCAAGAGCGACAAUCGAGUAACGCCAGUGUCGAGGACCAAAAUAUCUGCGAAGGACGUUCAAAUUCAGAAUUAUUUAUCGACCGAUGAAAACGUCGACUCGCUGUACAAUCUCUUCAGCGAUCUUCUCGAUCGCAAAUUGGCUGAAUUGAACAAAACUAGACAAGUUCUCAACGAAUCACAUGAUGAUAUUCAGGAUGAUUAUAUGCAAGAAGUGGGUUCUCGCUCGAAUUUGUCAGGAAUGAGACGAAGUAAUGAAACUCUACCAUCAUCUCAAGCGUUUCAAAGUGGAAGACGACAAAGUACUGGAGAUUUGACAACAAAGAAAAUUGAUUUUAAUGUUUGA